UUGACUAGCUGCUGUAGAGAAAUAUGUGGAGUGGCCCGUUAAGUGUCUCUCUCUCUACCUCUCUCUGCCAUCUCUCCAUUGAGGCGUUCAUAAAAAGAGGAGUGAUCAACCCAUUGAGAUAUAAUAACAUAAGUUAGUCUUCUGAGCAACUAGAGGGUUGGAGCCAACAUUUGCCGUCCACCUGUCAGGACCCUUACCCCCUUCCUGUAAGUCCAAAGUGUGUGUGUGUGUGUGUGUGUGUUUUUGUUUAUAUCUCUCUCCAGACGAUGACGUCGCUGAGCAAGCCCGAGUGCUCCUUCCUCUCCUCCUCUCCUUCCCUCACCGACGGCCCUCUCUCCCCCUUCCCCCCCUCCUCCCCGUCGCCUCCCUCGUCCUCCAACUGCUCCGUGCCCGACCCCUCCUCCCCUCGCUACAACUUCUACGCCGUGCUGCUGGUGUUGUUGAUCUUCUGCGUGGUGUUCGGCAACGUGCUGGUGUGCGUGGCGGUGCGCGGCGAGCGCGCCCUCCAGACCACCACCAACUACCUCAUCGUGUCCCUGGCCGUCUCGGACCUGCUGCUGGCCACGUUGGUCAUGCCCUGGGGGGUCUACCUGGAGGUAGUUGGUGAGUGGGGGUUCAGUCUGCUCCACUGUGACCUCCUGCUGACCCUGGACGUGAUGAUGUGUACGGCCAGCAUCCUCAACCUGUGUGCCAUUAGCAUCGACAGGUACACAGCGGUGGCCAUGCCCAUGCUCUACAGCACGCGGUACAGCUCCAGGAGGAGGGUGGCGCUGAUGAUCUCCAUCGUCUGGUUCCUCUCCUUCGCCAUCUCCUGCCCCCUGCUGUUUGGACUCAACCACACAGCCAGUAGAGAUGGAAGGAAGUGUAGUUUUGCAGACCCCUCCUUCGUGGUCUACUCCUCCGUGGCGUCCUUCUACGUCCCCUUCAUCGUCACGCUGCUCGUCUAUGCUCAGAUCUGUGUUGUCCUGCGGAGGCGGGGCAGACGCACGGCUCCGCCCAGAAGACCUGCCCCCGCCCAGAAGCCACGCCCCCUGGCCACGCAGGCCCCUCCCACCCAGCGGAGGGUCAGUCAGCCCAAAGACAACCAACGCAAGAACAAGUGCACCAACCCAGAAGACGUGAAGCUGUUCACUGUGAUGCUCCGCCCCCCCACCGCCGCCCCCCAGCGCAAGAAAGUGACGCUGGUGCAGGAGGCGGUGGUCGGCCCUCUGGAGGCGGAGCCUGGCCGUUUCCUGUGUCGCGGCGACCGGGUUCUGGCCCCGCCCCCCCCCCAGGUGUGCGUGUCGGUGUCUGUGGCCCCGGGGCGAGCGAGGCCCUGCCUCCCCCUGACCGGGGGGCUCACCGCCGUGGAGGGGGGUCCGCGGGGGCGGGAGGGCUGGCUGGAGCGGGGCGAGAAGGCGAGGGGGAGGCUGUCCCAGCAGAAGGAGCGCAAGGCCACUCAGAUGCUGGCGAUAGUACUGGGAGUGUUCAUCAUCUGCUGGCUGCCGUUCUUCCUGACCCACGUGCUGAAGGCCCACUGCGGGACCUCCUGCUGUGUGUCCCCCUCCCUCUACAGCUCCGUCACCUGGCUGGGCUACCUGAACAGCGCCGUCAACCCCGUCAUCUACACCACCUUCAACAUUGAGUUCAGAAAGGCCUUCCAGAAGAUCCUCCACUGCUGAGGUCGGGGGGUGGGGGGGGAUGGAGGGGGUGUUAGAGGAGAAGGAGGAGGAGCUGAUCUAUGUGUGUUUUCACCCCCUGAUCAACUCUUGACAUUUCCACCAAUCAGGGGCUUCACCAUCAGUGACAUCAUAUGAAUAUAUGUUCUGGCUGUGAGACGCAUUGUAGACUGAAUAAAAUACUGUAAGUCCUUAUUUCUUCCCACUUCAAUGUUAUUUUUGUUUUAUUUUUGACUUUAUAGUCAAACACAGUCUGUCACAAUUGAGUGUUUCAUGUUUAAAUGGGAUCUUUUCAGAUUGUAAUAAACGAUACCCAACUAGUGUGUGUGUGUGUGUGUG